CAUUAGUGCUGCAGACUGAAUGAAACAGUAGUAUAGUAAUAAGAGCUGAAGCUUUCGGGGGACAGGGGCCUAAACCUAUCGGCCUGCCCCAGUCCUGCUUGAAGGAUCCCUGGCCAUGGGAAGCACCGCUGACCCACGCCCGUUGAGGUACACCGACCUCUUCAUCGAUCCCCAAGCUAAUCCAUUCGGAAACGAUCCCCAAAUCCGCAAGAACGCUUAUCGGGGGAUCUACCAGCGCUUUAGUGCAGGCCCAGCACCCCUCACCGCCGCAGGGUUAUUGGACCACGUGCUGAACCUAUUCGAAGCAAAGGCUGUGGGGGGAAUUGGCAUCUUUGUCAAUGAUACCACGCUCCUGCCGCAACUCCGAGUGAUUCACGGGAUUCGCAAGUAUCCGGGGAGCUUGAUGGAACACUCCAGUAACGCCAAUAAAGCGUUUGGAUACCUUGAUGACGUGGUAUCCGGGAGAGGGGAGCUAGUCCAGGUGACAGCGAACAUGUUUGCCCUUACAAAUGAAGUUAGAGUGCAUCCGGAGGCUCAACACCAGCUGGAGUUAGAAAGUAACCCGGACCUACAGUUCACGGGGCCUCUGACGAAUGAAGCCAACCCACAGGCUGAAAAGCUGCGGUGCCGACACACGUUCUUCAUCCCCUUCAAGCUAAUGCCACAUGUCCUUGGGAAGAAACUCACUCCUCGGGCUGCCUACUUCAUCAUCCAACCGUGGCUCGCAGCCGCUGACCUCAGGGAUGUUGCGGAACCCCUCUUAACUGCACUCCGUAUUGGGAGUACCCAAGUACUAAGCUCCACCCCUGGAGGGGGAGCGAUAUGUGAGAUUGCUGCCACUGAACCAGGCCCCUUGUUCCGUGCCGAAGCCAACCUCACGUUAUACAUGGAAGAAAAAGUAUUACACAGGGACCUACCCGGGCUUGUGUCUGUGCCGUCAUUAGUGGGACCAGAAACAGCGGCCUUAACGGCUGCAGUGUCCACGCUAACUGAUACACACUUACGGGCAACCCAAGCAAGUGAACACCGCCGAGCGGAGGAUGCUAAACCAGCCACUCUAGAGGAGGUCUUUGGAUCCCUCAACGCUCAGCGGUUAAGGACACUCUGCUCCGCGAAACAAGCUGAAGACCUCCCCCCAGUAUAUACUGCCUGGACAAGCAAGAAGAAGGGAGAGAAGCUGCAUGCACUGUUUCAAAGCCAUGUGGACCAAAGUGCACGGGAGCUGGGACUACAGCCCCCCUUUGUCCCCUUGGCAGCACUUAAGAGCUUCCAAGCCUUCCGGUUCUACGGCAUAGAUGACUGUGAACUGGGGGACGGAAUACUCCCUAUGGCCUUUGCUCCCCCGGGGGGGUCCCCCACAGCUAGGAAACAGCAGCUGGAAGACGCCACAGCUGCCGCCGCUUAUGAUACGAUGGUCUCAACGGAAGGCAACUCUAUAUCCUUCAGCGACGCUACCACACUGGGCAAAGCAAAAGGAUAUAUCCCAGUAGACUGGACAGAAGCCCUGUUGCAACUCGAGGGUUAUCUUCCAGUCCUGGCAACACUAAUAGGCACUGAUCAUCCCUUGGUUCGAAACUACCUCAGCGGACUCGAUCGACUAAAACGUAUACAACUCACUCUACGACAUGCACUUAAAGAUGAGUGUGGGGGCAAGUUAGCCCCUGCGAUACUCGUAUACUACUUCCAGAUUCGAGUACGGUGCUGGUUAGAAGACCAAUGGGACAGUGAUACCCCAGUUGAAGCACCCAGCUUCACUCAGGAGUUCCGCACCUUCAAGCUCUCCCGGAACCUCAACUGGUUGCCAGGAAUAUCAGAUGUUCCGGCUCUGCAGGGACUAAGGAAGCCCACAACACCGGCGCCGAGUGCUAGGACCCCCGCCCGAGGGGGAACAGGCGCCACCACUAGAGGAAGGAGUGGGCAGAGCGGCCCCUCCUCUAACAACAACAACAAUAACACUCCGCAAACACGUGUCGAAAAUCAUAACCAAGACCCCAGGAUCUUGGCCACCGAAGGGGAGCUCAAAACUCGGCUUAAGAACUGGAAGAUUGCCAAGGCUAUGAGCAGUAUGAAGGCAAAAGGAAAGGGGCCCUGUCUCCGGAAUGAUGGCAAGGAGAUGUGCCACUCCUGGCGCGCCAAAGGCUUCUGUUAUGAUGGCUGCAGACUGGGGUAUGACCACAAUGAGUCGACAGCCGAGGAAGAUGACCGCUUCUGGUCUUGGUGCCGAGAGCCUUAUACCAACACGGAGCAAUGAAGAGGGGGCAGGCAGCCUGCUCUUUGUCACACAGCUGCUGUGCCAUUGCCCCCUCGUAAACGACAGAAGAGGCGGGUGCAGAACACAGCAGCGGAUUGGGAAAUGUCUCACUCCCCUGUAGAACUAGGUAAGCAGUGUACGCAAGAGCAUAUCCCACACAAUUGUAAGAGGAGACAGGAGCCCGUUCCUGAGUCCUCCCCCAACGCUAAUAGCCAGACACCAGAGGAGAGCCGAGACUACACUGGUCCUGGUACAACACAUCGUAGGGACGCCGGCGGCCAACGAGAGCCUGCGGACGGACCCUGGGAGCCCGUAGACAAGAGGGUCGAGUCCCCCAGGGCCCCACACACAACAACCGAGGCCCGAGAACGGCCACUUACUACCACCUAUCCAUACGACCGGCUCGAUGCUCAUGUCACCAAAGCGGUUACAGCCUUUCACCAAGCAAACUGUUGGGGGGACUUCGUUCGAUCUGUUAGGGGGAGGGGGGACCUCCAUCCUGAAGUUGGGGAACUCCCACACCCGGCAGCACAACUCCUGCACAGUUUCCAGCAGGAGGGCACACCGGCGGUAAUGAUGUCACCACCCUGGGGAGCUGCCCGUAUAGCAGGAGCCUUAGCCCGGGGACCACACAAGUCCUCCCACAAUGGAAUAGAAUUCCUGCGAGAGGAGUAUGCGGACAUGAUGGAUAAGCAACAAUGGACUGUCCUGCCGGCUAGUCUGGUCACCGGAAUCCCAGGGCUCUGCUUAAGCCCGUUGGGACUCGUGCCACAGCGAGGGCGGAGGGACCGAAUGAUCUCUGAUUACAGUUACUUUGGGGUUAAUGCCGAAACAGCCCCCUUGGCACCCGCUGAGGCCAUGCAAUUUGGUCGAGCACUGAAACGCCUCCUGCAGCGGAUCCACAGUGCCAACAGCCGGUUUGGGCCCGUGUAUCUUUCCAAAAUAGACCUAUCUGAUGGCUUCUACAGACUAUGGGUGAAGCCGGAGGACACUCUGAGUCUAGCAGUUCUGUUUCCGAAACGGGAAGGGGAACAGCCGCUGGUAGGAAUCCCUCUUACGAAUCCCAUGGGCUGGUGCUCAUCGCCACCAAACUUCAGUGCCUGCACUGAAACGGUGGCAGACCUAGCCAAUGGCAUCCUCCUAAAGGUGGGGCUUGGAAAGAUGAGAAGGUUCCCACAUCGCCUCGAUGAGAUCUCAGAGACCCCACCAGAGGAGGCCGAGACAAUCCUACAGCCGCAACCGGCAGAGACCCCAGUCAGGGAGGCGAGCUUUCCGGCCCGUAAGCCGCUGUGCUACUGGGACAUCUAUGUGGAUGACUUUUGCGGUUUGGUGCAGGGGAACCAGUGGACCAGGAGAGCUGUCAAAAGGGCCCUGCUCCACUCCCUGGAUAAAGUAUUUCGGCCGUUGGACAAGCAGGAUACUCCGUACAGACAGGAGCCUGCCUCCAUUAAGAAGCUUAAGAAAGGGGAUGCAACAUGGACAACAUCAAAGGUGAUACUGGGAUGGCUUAUCGACACCACUACCAAGACUAUUAGCCUGCCACCUCACCGGGUGGCAAGGCUGCAGGAACUGCUCCAAGCCAUUCAGCCCACCCAAAAAUAUGCAAAGGUGGCUGACUGGCAUAAGUUACUAGGGGAGUUAAGAUCCAUGUCCCUAGCACUACCUGGUUCCUUGGGCCUGUUCUCCAUGCUGCAGGAAGCUUUCUGCCACCAGGAAAAGGGCCGUAACCGGCUGCGACUCACUCGGGCCCUCCAUGGUUUCCUACAAGACUUCCAGUGGUUAGCCAAAGAUAUAGCGAGCAGGCCCACUCGCAUAGCCAAACUGGUACCAGAUCUAUGGCCAGCCACCAUUGGGGCUUGUGAUGCAGCGGGCGAUGGGAUGGGAGGAGUGCACUUCAUCCCCUUGCCAGACGGACGAAUCCAGCCGUUGUACUGGAGAGCUCCGUUCCCAGCCUGGAUUCGCCGUGACUUGGUCUCCUUUGCUAAUCCAGAAGGAAAAAUCACCAACAGUGAGCUUGAACUGGCAGGAUCCAUAGCCCAUAUCGACAUACUGGCUCAAGCCGCAGCUGUUGGGGAACGCACAGUCCACAACCUCUACGAUAACACCGCAACAGUGCACUGGCAGCGAAAGGGAGCAGCUACGACUCCAGGACCGGUAGCAUACCUCCUGAGACUGCAGUCCCUUCACCAGCGGCUCUUUCGAUAUGUCCCCAGACAUGAUUACAUCCCAGGGCCCGCGAAUACUAUGGCAGAUACCCUUUCCUGGGCCUGGCACCUCUCCGACUCACAGUUGCUUGCCUAUUUCAACCGUUUCUUCCCUCAGAGCUUGCCCUGGCAAAGCUGCCGGCUCAGAAAGCCCAUGUAUUCCGCACUGAUCUUAGCCUUGUCCAAACGGAGAUGCGAUCCAGUGUUACUGCUGGAUAUGCCAAGAAAAAGGAUGCCCAUUGGGAAUGCUGGUUUCACUACUGCAUGUCACACAAAUUGGAUCCAUUCCUCCGGACUACCAAAGACCCAGUCCUGUACCUGCAAGUCUUUGGAGCCAGGUACCAAGAUGGGAGACUGUCCCCCAGCGGCAAGCGUGCACGAGCUCAUACAGUAUGUGACGCCAUCCGUUCAGUGGGCCAGAAGAUCACCAGGAUGGGGGCCCAAGAUCCCCGACUCAACCAGUUUGGUGCAAUAGAUUACCGUAUCACUUCACAACUGCGGGCCUAUCGCAGAAGGGACACCCCCCCCCGCUCGAGUGAAGCCGGUCCCUAUUACUAUUGUCAUACACACACUAAACUUUGCCUAUCACCAAAGCCCUACACCGCAACGACAGGCUGUUGCCAAUAUGAUCUGCAUAGCAUUCUUCUUCUGUCUCAGACCAGGGGAAUACACAGGAACCACAUCAGAUGACCAAGCCUUCUCCCUAGAUGAUAUCACCUUCUUUGUGGGUACUCGCCGGCUGUCGUCCGCCGCAGCCUCCGACGCGGAUAUCAGUGCCGCCACUUCAAUCCAGCUCACUUUCACCACACAGAAAAAUGGCAUUAAAGGGGAUGUUAUCGCACAUGCCCGCAGCACAGACCCCCUGUGCUGCCCCGUUACAGCAGUGAUACGGCAAUUCCUCCUGCAUAGGCACCACUCCACCACCUUUGAUGGCUCCGUCAAACUGGCCAGUUUUUACGACGCCACCAGAGGGACCAACGUACGGAUCACAUCCACGAUGAUCACGACGACCAUGCGAUGGCAUGCAGCCAUCUUGCAACACACCACGGGCAUUGCCCCGGCUUCCCUCAGUGCCCGCUCCUUGCGGGCCGGAGGAGCCAUGGCCCUUCUCCAGGGCCAAUGUGACUCCAAUGUCAUUAAACUCCUCGCGCGUUGGCACAGCGAUGCCAUGAUGCGAUACCUCCAUCAACAAUCAGUCCCCUUGUUCCGAAACCUUGCCUCCCUCAUGUUCAACAAUGGCACCUACAGCUUCCUUCCCGAAGAAUCUGUUCCCUCAGCUUCGUAGCGCCCUGGGCUUUGCCACGGCGCUUCGCCCGUCGCACCCUGCGGCUUGCCCAGGGCGCUGGAGCUGCGGCGCCUCCCACCCACGCUUUGCUCCCACCCGUUGGCCUGUGGCCCAUUGGCAGCAGCUAGUAGUUACAGUAUGCGUGUGCUGGUGGUGUAGGAUCAGCAGGCUUACGGCUGCUGCAGCUUCCCCUCCCUUCCAAGCCUUAACCCUAAAGGGGGAAGGCCCGACACGUGGAAGAGGAUUGGGGUUGCUGCAGUUUCCCAUAGGACCUGCUAAACCCACCAACACAGUCUAUACCAAGUAACCCUAGAGUUCAUGGGAAACCACACGUAGGGCUCGUUACAGAGGCUGUUUCAUGUAAGGAAACAGUCACCUGUCAUUUCUUGUCACCUGUCAACGCCACAUAAGAUAUGUAAGUAUAUUACGUACUCCUGUACAUACAGUAAUACAUACAGUAAUACUGUAGACUGUAGAUGACGAUCAUUGAUAUUUCCGUGCGAGGUACGUACGACAAAAUAUUUUCUAGUCGUGCUUCGAUCAAUGAUGUCGCAGUCGCACGGUACGAACAGUGCGAUAGGUUGUCUAUCAGUUUACAGAAAUUACUCCUGAAUAUUUAACUGGAAUUGGGAUUAGUUGUCGUCUUCAAUGCCGUAUUUAUGGCUUUAAUCCUAACAACUGUCAGUAAGCAAGAAACAAUCCACAGCGUUGCGGCUUUCUGACUUCAAAAGAAUCUCGGAUACCGCAUCGGCACACUGCUGUUUCAACUAAUGAUCCUUCUGAUACCGUGGUUUACAUAACAGACGCACCGUACAGAAAUGGUUCUGGAGAAAAAUGCAAAAUCGUCCAGGAUUUCGUGCGUGAUGUUUGCCGACCCAGAACUCCCGACCGCGGUUCCCGCUCAUCUCUCCUCACCGUAAAAACCACACCCCGUCUGAUUCGGUGGCGAACCGAGGAAGGGCCACUUUCGUUCGAUGUAGUGAGUGCAGUACGUAUUGUACUGUAGGGUGAUUCUGUCUUCGAUACAUCGAACUAAUGUAUCUUUCCAGUAGAUCGUAGAGUAAAGCACAAUCGGUUCCGGUACGAGUACCAGUACUUGAAGCUCCUCUGAAAGCACACACACAAUCCCCUUGGUUGGUCUUCUUCAUAGACAAGAAGAAAACAAACUGGCAACAAAGAAACAAUAUUGUAAGUUGUUGCAAUAGCUACACCAUCACAUAGCACACAGCACCAAGCGAGAAAACACAAUACUAUUGUGCAACUAUCCCCGGCUACUAGGCCAGAACAAAUCGUGYGAUCAAAACUAGUUGGAAAGGUGAGAAAGUGGUGAUACCUAUCUGGUGGAAUUGGUUUUAUCUGAACCAUUCUUCUUUCGCUGCUGCUUUGAACCACCCGGCGCUCCCUGACAUAGAUCGAGAUUGUCUCUUUCGCUUGCUUGGCUUUGAAACCGUUCUUGUAUGGCUUCUCAUAACAGAUUCGAAGUUCUUUGGAGCAGAGAUUCACAUAACAGCAGCAAAACCCAACCAAGCGCUCUCCACUAUGGAUCUCAACGACGACAAAGGCAGAAGCAGCGGCCUACCGCAAACGACAACGAAGAAACCGCCUCCCCAACGGCAGAGUCGUAACUACCGCUCCGACCAAGAGGAAGAAAAGAAAAGCUCCGGCAACGAAGACAUCGAGGUUGCCAUCAACGACGGCCGCUCCAUCCUUUCUUCCAGCACCACCGCCACCACGAAAACAGCUGCAGCCGCAGCCCUUUUGGAUCAACAGAUCGAGGGGCAGCGCCAGAAGGGAGUCAACAACUUUGAUGACAAUGCCGGCGGCAAGUCUCGCCCCGAUGCCGAUGCCGACCGUGCAUUCAAACAGAAAGCCAAGGCCGCAAGGAUGAGUGCGGUUUCCUCGGGUGCCUACCGAAAGCCCCCGCCACCUGGUUCCGUUGCUGCUCCUGCUUCUACUGCAGCGGUUGCUACGGCUCGGGACAUGUCGGACGCCAUGGCCAAGUCCCGAGGCCGUCGGAAUGCAGGCGCCAAGAACCAACAAAAGCGACCCGUGCCCGCCCAUCUCCGGGACUCUUCCACCGGUGGACACCGCAACGGCGGCAACACCGGCAGCAAGAACCAGACCAACACCACCAAACUGGAACGAUUGGAAGAAGAAGUCGCGGCCAAGGCAAGGGGCAAGGCACCCACUUCCGCUGGCGCGAGAGCGUCGGUCACCAAGCGGAACCCUCCAGGCCUCUCCCCGAACAGAUCGCAAUCCGAAGCCUCGUCGCCCGGAAGCAGCUUCACGGCCGUCAAACGCAUGAACCGAAUGGAGGCAGACAUUGCCGCCAAGGAACAGUCCCGUGCCAGUCGGGGUUCGGGGGAUCGGCCCGCCGGCAAGCGCCUGGAUCGGCUGGAAGCCGACGUGGCCGCCAAGGAACGGGCCAAGGCCAGCCGUGUCACCGGGAAGAAGGCGAGUGCGAUUGCCAGGAAGCUUGCCAAGAACCAGCAGCAACGCGGUGCUCCGGCAACGGUWCCGGGGGCGGUUUCUUCCACCGAAGGUGGCGGCCGAGCCGCUCUCCUCGCCAAGAAGAAGAGGAACGUUGCUGCUUCCGUUGCUGCCACGGGAACUUCCGAAGGUGCUGCUUCGUCCAAGCUCAAGAAAGCCCCUCCCUCCCACGGAGUGAACCACCUCGUCGGUGGCGAGAAACAACCCAAGCACGAAUCUCCGGAUGCUUCCGAUGGUGGUGCCGGUGGUCCGACGAACGUACCUCCCGGAACGGGUGGCACGGAGGUCGGGGGUCGCUACGAAAGUGAUAGCAACAACGGCCUGGCGGUGGCCGUUGCUGUUCGCGAGAACGAGGACGUUUUCAUUCCCUCCGCUGUCGAAUACGACCCGGAUGCCAUCAAGUAUCCCGUGUACAAGAACCAACGCGUGCGCGUAUAUGGCCUCUUGUUCUGCAUCUUGCUCAUCAUCGUUACCGCCUGCACGAUCGGGGUCUUGACCAUUCUACAGAGAGAGGACGACGAGCAGCACCAUGUACCUACCGAGUCCCCGACGUGUGCCCGCUGCACCUUGGAUUAUAUCGAACAACUGGAACUGGAAGUUGGAUCGCAAAAACUCAACGACCCCGAGUCUCCGGAAUACCUUGCCAAGGAAUGGAUCAUACACGAGGACGAGAUGCAGCUCUUGCCUACGGACCUCAAUUUUAUUCAGCGGUUUAUCAUGGCCGCCUUCUACUUUGAUACACACCAAGUGGCCCCGUGGCGGUCGUGCAACCAGCAGAGUAUCGAUCUUGCCGACAACGAGACCGAAAAAUGUGACUUUUUAAAGCUGUCGGGCAUCAAACCACUGGUAUUCGAAGCAUGUGAGUAUUUUGGUGAUCGCGCUCCC